AAAUCAUCCUCUUGAAAACGACGUGGGUUGUGGGGGUGCGAGACGAGACCGCGCGCGCGCGAGAGAGAGGUAGUAAUAAACUCUGAACAAUGCAGAGGAGUAGAAGACCGGGAGACGAGGAAAGCGGGGGCGUGGCCGUUGUUGUUGUUGUUGUUGUUUAUUAAAGCCGCCACAUGCCCCGGAGCUUUCACCAUCGCCGCUCUCCCCCGGCUUGCGGCGGCGGUGGAAGGCUAGGUGCGCGAGUGAGCGAGCCUUGCUUGGCGCAGAGAUGCUUGCUGCUGCGAGGCGGAUGAGGAGGAGGUAGCGCCGGUGAGUGAGUUCUUGGGAGCAAUGGCGCCGCCGGGGGUGGGGGUGGGUGUGGCGUACCUGUGGGGGAAGGGGAGGGGUGGGCGGAAGGGGACGCCGGUGGUGGUGACCAUGGAGAGUCCCAACUACUCGGUGGUGGAGGUCGACGGGCCCGACGCGGAGGCGGAGCUGCGCACCGCCGCGGUGGCCAUGGACAAGGGCGGCGGGCGUGGCAGGAGCAGGAGCAGGACCGCCAGGCAGCUCACCUGGGUGCUGCUCCUCCGCGCGCGCCGCGCCGCCGGCCGCCUCGCCUCCUUCGCCGCCGCCGCGGCGAGGCGCUUCCGGCGCUCCCCCGCUGACGCCGCCGACGAGCUCGGCCGCGGCCGGGGACGGCUGAUGUACGGGUUCAUCAGGGGGUUCCUGGCGCUCUCCCUGCUCGCCCUCGCCGUGGAGCUCGCCGCCUACUGGAACGGGUGGCGCCUCCGGCGGCCGGAGCUGCAUGUGCCGGAGGCGGUGGAGAUCGAGGGGUGGGCGCACUCGGCGUACAUCUCGUGGAUGUCAUUCCGAGCCGACUACAUCAGGAGGCCAAUCGAGUUCUUGUCGAAAGCUUGCAUCCUCCUCUUCGUCAUCCAAUCCAUGGACCGUCUCGUCCUUUGCUUGGGUUGCUUCUGGAUCAAGCUGAGGAAGAUCAAGCCGAGGAUUGAAGGGGACCCGUUCAGGGAAGGAUCAGGGUAUCAGCACCCCAUGGUGCUCGUCCAGAUUCCUAUGUGCAAUGAAAAGGAGGUCUAUGAGCAGUCGAUUUCGGCGGCUUGCCAGCUAGAUUGGCCCAGGGAGAAGUUUCUGAUUCAGGUGCUCGACGAUUCCAGCGACGAGAGCAUUCAGCUGCUGAUCAAGGCAGAAGUUUCCAAGUGGAGCCAUCAGGGUGUGAACAUUGUGUAUCGGCAUCGGGUGCUGAGGACCGGUUAUAAAGCUGGGAACCUCAAGUCUGCAAUGAGCUGUGACUAUGUCAAAGAUUAUGAAUUUGUCGCCAUUUUCGACGCGGACUUCCAGCCAACACCAGAUUUUCUCAAGAAAACGAUACCACAUUUUGAGGGGAAUCCUGAGCUUGGAUUGGUUCAAGCACGAUGGAGCUUUGUGAACAAGGAUGAGAACCUCUUGACCCGUCUUCAGAAUAUCAACCUGUGCUUCCACUUUGAAGUAGAGCAACAGGUCAAUGGAGUCUUCUUGAACUUCUUUGGUUUCAAUGGAACUGCUGGAGUUUGGAGGAUCCAAGCUCUAGAAGAAUCCGGGGGUUGGCUUGAGAGGACGACGGUGGAGGAUAUGGAUAUUGCUGUUCGAGCACACCUGAAUGGAUGGAAAUUUAUCUUCCUCAAUGAUGUAAAGGUCCUGUGUGAACUCCCAGAAUCCUAUGAAGCAUAUAGGAAACAGCAACACCGGUGGCAUUCUGGUCCAAUGCACCUUUUCCGGCUGUGCCUUCCGGACAUACUUACUGCCAAGAUCUCAUCAUGGAAGAAGGCGAACUUAAUACUAUUAUUCUUUCUUUUGAGGAAAUUGAUUCUUCCGUUCUAUUCAUUCACAUUGUUUUGUGUCAUUCUUCCGCUGACCAUGUUUGUUCCUGAGGCUGAGCUGCCUGUUUGGGUCAUCUGUUAUGUGCCAGUUUGCAUGUCCUUCCUGAACAUUCUGCCAUCACCAAGAUCAUUUCCUUUCAUUGUGCCAUACCUCCUUUUCGAGAACACCAUGUCAGUGACAAAAUUCAACGCAAUGGUGUCUGGACUGUUUAAACUUGGAAGCUCCUACGAAUGGAUUGUCACAAAGAAGUCUGGUCGAUCAUCAGAAUCAGAUCUUUCAACAGCAGCGGAGAGGGAUACAAAGGAUCUUACCCUUCCUCGGCUGCAGAAGCAAAUAUCUGAAAGUGAAUUGAUUGAGCUCAAAAUGCAGAAAGAACGCCAAGAAAAGGCGCCGCUUGGUGCAAAAAAGGCUAACAAAGUCUACAAGAAGGAGCUUGCUCUCUCUCUUCUCCUCCUCACCGCCGCAACUCGGAGCCUCUUGUCUGCUCAAGGAAUUCACUUCUAUUUCCUUCUCUUUCAGGGGGUAUCAUUCCUUUUUGUUGGCCUCGAUCUAAUUGGAGAACAGAUAGACUGAUCACUCUCAGGCUUUUGUCAAAACAUAGAAAGCAUGCCUCUCUUCGUACACACACUGGUAAUCAAGUUCUGAGAGUUCCAAACAUGCCAUGGAAUUUUACUUCAUUUUGGACAAGUUACUUGUCCGUACAGAUAUGCAAAGGAGAAUUUGUUCUGCAAUCCAGAUUCAGGGCACAAAACCGGAGUGAUCCAACAGGAAUAAGCUGAAAGAGUAGAUAGAAUUCGUUCAUUUGUACCCAGUCCAUAUAGAGUUCCAGCAAUGUUCUUUGGAUCCAAAAAAUACUGAGAUGUGUGCUGUUCAUUUGUAAAUCGUUAAUACACAAUUUGUUCUGAUAAAAUUAUCAAUUUGUAUAUAUUCCUACUUUAGAUAAUGAAAAUGUUUCACAUCUCCGGCCUCUGCCGUUAGGCACCCAACAUUUGUACACACCCCUAUGAUGGAUGAUUGACAUGAUCAUCGUUAAAUUUCAGUCUCUUAUUACU